CUCAUGUGCCUUACUUUCCCUCAAUUGCUGCUGAAAUUUAGCUCCUCCGCCAAAAUGAGUCGUAACUUCAUUACCGCUGCUCUCACCAUCGGAGUUGGUGUCUUUACAGGCUACUACACCUUCCAGCCGGCCUUGCAAGAGCUUGCAGUUCAAAAAGCCCAUGGUCAAGUGCCCGGUUCUUCUCCCAAUUCAUCUGCUACCCAGAAGGAUACCGAAACUCCCAACCCCGUCGUUCCGGAGCCCGAGUCGAGCAAGUAG